AUGAGUCCGAAUCUACGACGGGUUUUGGUUGGCAACAAAUCUGGAACUUCUAAAGGUCUACUCCCAAAUAUCGCCCUGCUGUAUCGUAUUCUCAACGGCCGCGUUGUACAGGCCCUCAAACUCGUCGCACCGGAUUCGUGGGUAGACUCGGAGUCUGCAAAAAUCGGUGACCCCUUGUCAGGAGAUGUAGAUGUGGCAGAGAUCAACAUAGAUUUGCACAGUAAGAUCUUAGCCCAAGUCUUAGCCCAAGGCUUCAUGGACGCUCAAAUUAAUGGCGCUUUUGGCUUUAGCUCCUCCAACUUCAAUUGUCUCACCAACCCCAAAAAAUUCCAGAAUGGGUCGCAUCAUUUCAAUCGCGUCAUUCUUUCUCAGAUCAAGAGCAGCACCUUACCCAGAGAAGACCCAGAUUUGGUAGUCCUAGAAGAUGAUCAUGGCUAUAUAGCUCGGCUUGGUGACAGCCCUGCAGUCGAAAGCGAGCCUUGUGAGAUUCGUGUCACACACACUGCAACGGAGAGCAUCAACGCGGAUGAAGACAAGAUGAUCACUGUGCCAAAGUCAAACAGGGAAGGCAAGGCGCCCGCAGGCCCUAUAGCCCAUGUGCCAACCAACACAAAAGUGGAUACGCGUGGCUAUUAUAUUGCCCCUAUCCCAUUCUCCUGGCUUAGGCUCCAAUUCCGAUCCACGACCGCCAAGGGUGGUGGUUGCAAAGAGAAAAGCACUGAGCAGUAUUUUACGGUUCACAUUCGUAUUUUCUCUCUCUUUCCGCCCCUCUCAGAAGCUUUAUUGCCAGAGAAGCUCAGUGCGCCUAUUGUCGUGCAUGAAAAGUCUCCAACGAGCUUCUCAAAAACAAAGGCAUCUCUGAUCAAUCUGGAGCGCUCACCAGAUGAUAUUGGCCCCAGGAAGUAA